UUGUGAUUAGUUGUUGUGCCUGUCUGUCAAGGCCUGGGCCCCGCCUUCAAGGCAGGCAGUUAAGAUGGCGUUGUAUUUUGCCGAUCGUUGUGUAAGGGUCCCUCAGCCCCGGAACUGUGUCAGGAGGCUGAUUAGUAGCGGCUGGAAUCCGGGCAAUGGAUCUGGAUCAGCAGCGGCAGGCUUUGGGCAGGGAGCCGGUGAAUGGCGGCCGCCGCCAUUUCCCUCUGUGGUGCAGAGGCCGAGCGCCCAGAGCCGACCCGCGGCUGGGAUUCUGGAGCCCACUCCCAGCCGGAACCCUCCCAGGCGGGGAGCAGCAGUGCAGGGGACCCGGCUCUCAAAAGCUCUCACUAUCCUAAAGUUAUACCGCACACAGCGCAUAGCUGGCAGUGACCCUCCCGCCGAACGAUCCCCAUCAGCGGCUGGGAGUGUGACAUUUCCAGUGGAAAGGGACCUUUCCUCCCAGAACAGGGAGCUCAGGGAUACUGAUCUGUACAUGAUGUAUGUUAACGGGUUUACUAGCCAUGGCAGCUGUUUCUCCUGCCGGGCCUUGCUUUCUCAGUCGGGGAAUGACAAAUACCUCCGGGGCCUUUGGUGCUUUCGGACUUUUAAACGGUCAUUCGUCACAAAUGGCUGGGCAUCACCCCUGGAUAGUAACGGAUGCUGGCAUUCUGUCACCAAAGUACAUCCCCAGUGCAGGUCCUAUGGCCACUUUAAAGAUGGCAAUAGGUACUCUGGAAGAAAUAAUUCUGCCCCACUUCCUCGAAGAAGCAACACGCUAUACUAUGAUAUUUUGAAAAUCUCUCCCAAUGCCACCCAGAAUCAGAUCAAAUCAGCAUACUACAAGCAGUCAUUUCGUUACCACCCAGACAGGAAUGCAGGAAGCGAGGAAGCAGCGUUAAGGUUCACUCAAAUAAAUGAGGCAUAUUCCGUGCUGGGAAGCGUGACCCUGAGGAAGAAGUAUGACCGGGGAAUUUUGACAGCAGCAGAUUUACAUGGUGGGAAGAAACCCUUGGAGAAAGCCCAAUCCACAACGACAAAACAAUCGCAGGCGUGGAGCUCGUCAGAUAACUUGAACUCCGAGAAAUCGAUUUUCAAUUUUGAUGAGUUCUACAAAGCUCAUUAUGGGGAGCAAUUGGCCAGGGAGCAGACCCAACGCUGGAGAAGGAUGCAGCUUCGCAAAAACAAGGAAAGUCUGGAGAGAAAAUGGCAAUUCCAGAAACUAGUAGAGAUGACAGUGACUGCUAUGCUUAUUGGAGGAUUUUUUUUACUGAUCAGUAUCAGUAAUAAAUAAACGAAUAAGGCUUUCUCAGGGAACUAUGACUUGAAUUUCAUUGUAAUUUUGUGUGUCAAAAUAGUACUAGU